UACGACUGUAGUUGAUCAAUUUUUUACGACUUAAAGCUUAAAACACCUAUUGUAGAUCCAGACUUAUUGUUUUUUCGAUAAGAUGAUAAAUACUCUGUCUUCGAAAAUGGAAAAGCUGGUUUUCGACUCUAGGAUAGCAUGGAAAGCAUUAAAUGGAAUAUUUGCUGUUUACAAACCACCAAUGGUUACGUAUUUAGGCGCACGGGAUACCAUAAUUUAUCGUCUCUGCGAAGAUUUGAACAGUAUGCGUGUACGUCAACCAAUCAAACAUGUCUGUAUAGAAGGUGAUACAACUAAGGCGAUGAAAGUAUUUAUACAUCCGAGCUAUGCGGAUCAUCCAUUAGUCGUAGGUCCACGAUAUCAACCUAAAGACUUCAUAUUGAUAUGCGCUAAUUAUCUGAGUAGAGACAUGUCUGGCCUCAUGGUCUGCGGUAUUAAUGAUGGUGCCAAAUGGGUUCAUAAAUUGAAAGAGUCCAAAUCUCCAACUAGUUAUAGAGUUAAAGGCCUUUUAGGACAAGCAACAGACACAUAUUUUAUAACUGGAAAAAUCAUCGAGAAGUCUACAUAUAAAUACAUUAAGCGGGAUGCAAUUGAUAAAAUAUGCGCUUCCAUGCAAGCUGCUCAUCAGAGAAAGAUGUUUGAAUUGUGUGGAUUAGAUAUGCAGAGUCAAGCUGCAUAUGAAUUGGCUGUGCAAGGUCCGAUAAGACCUGUUGACAUAAACAUUCCAAUGAUAUACAAUAUAAAAUGUAUAGAUUUCAAAUCUCCUGAAUUCACAUUAGAAAUUGUUUGUAUAAACGAGAAUGAUAUGUAUUUGAAAACUUUGAUUCAUGAUUUGGGAAUACAGCUCCAUAGUGUCGCUACGUGUACUCAAAUACAGUGUUUUCGGUAUGCGUUAUUUGAUCUAAAUCUUGCCUUGUUGAAAAAACAUUGGGAGCUGGAAAACUUUUGUAAUAAUAUUGUACAAUGUAACACUAUAAUUAAUGAAAAUAGGUAUUUGUUGAAACAAGGUAGUCCGAUAUUGAUAGAACGAAAUAAAUAAUUGAAAUCUUUUAAACUGUAAUCAAAUGUACAUAAUAAUAAU